GCGGCCUACUGUACACAUUGUUGACGUUUGCCGCUAUGCUGUAUAUUUGUUAUUUUACAUCAUCACACACUACUUCUUUCAUACCACCGAGAAGCGUUUUGAAGAACAUACAUAUCUGACGUCCGAGGAUAGCGCUGAAAAGACGCGGUCGGCUGAGACCCAUCUGCUGUGCCCUGUGCAGAGAUGGACGAUGAUUCCUCCCUGCACCGGCUAGAAGGCAGUGACCCCAGCAUUCAGGUCGGGGGUCUGAUAGUGAAGAAGAAAAGCGCUGCAGCAGAACAGCACGUGUUCAGAGCCCCCGCUCCGCGCACCUCGCUGCUGGGUCUCGAUCUGCUGGCUGCGCAGAAACGCAAAGAGCGAGAGGGCAAGGAGAGGCUGGAUGAUCAACCCAAGAAAUCUAAAGUGUCGUCCUACAAAGACUGGGAGGAGGGGAAAAGUGAUUCGGGAUCUGAUGAUGAAAAUCAGGAGGAUGGAGAGAGCAGGAAUGGGAAAAAAGAAAGGAAGUACAGAGUCACUGGCUCAGAAACGCCUUCAAACCCCGGCGGAGUCAGUGAGGAGUUCAAGCGGAAACACCAGCAGAGAGAGAAAGAUAGACGUGAACAUGGGGUUUACGCUUCAUCCAAAGAGGACAAGAGCAAAGACAAGAACAGAUCCAGAGACCGAGAGCACGACCGCCACCGAGACAGAGAGAGGAGGAAAGACAGAGAUGAGCGUGAGAGCAGCCGCAGCCGUGGAUCCUCUAGCAGUCGCUCUGAGCGCAGUGAUGGCAGUGUGAGGAGUGAACGCUCGCAAAGAGAAGGUUGUUCAGAGCGCAUGAGCCGCGGGACCCGUCGCGAGGAGCCCGAAUCACCCCGAAACAAACCUAAAGACUUGGCCACUCCGUCACGCUCCAGCUGGGAUGAAGAUGACAGUGGAUACGCCAGCUCACGCCACUCUCAUUGGGAGAGUCCGUCUCCUGCCCCCUCACACCGGGAGAAUGACCGCUCCGAACGCAGCCAGCGCUCAGUCCGGGACAGCGAGAGGAGAGACAGGUCAAGUAAACCUCAGUAUCCUGUAGAUACUCCUCUACCGACCCCAUCAUACAAGUACAAUGAGUGGGCCAAUGACAGGAAGCAUUUUGGCUCCACUCCACGUCUGUCCCGCGGGAAAGGAGAGAAGAGAGAAGAGGGAGAGGGUGGCAUCCAAUUUGAUGAUGAAGAUGAGAAGGAGCAGUGGGAGGAAGAUCAGCGGCAAGCUGAUCGAGACUGGUACAUGAUGGAUGAAGGUUAUGAUGAGUUUCACAACCCACUGACGUCCAGCUCAGAGGAAUAUGUGAAGAAGCGGGAGCAGAUCCUCCAGAAACAGACCCAGAAACGCAUCUCAGCACAGAAAAGACAAAUCAAUGAGGAUAACGAACGCUGGGAGACGAACCGCAUGCUCACCAGUGGAGUGGUUCAGCGUCUGGAGGUGGACGAGGAUUUUGAGGAAGACAACGCAGCCCGAGUCCAUUUACUUGUGCAUAACCUAGUGCCACCCUUCCUUGAUGGGAGGAUUGUCUUCACUAAACAGCCUGAGCCGGUCAUUCCAGUGAAAGAUGCGACCUCAGACAUGGCCAUCAUCUCCCGUAAGGGCAGUCAGCUGGUGCGACGCCACCGAGAGCAGAAAGAGAGAAAGAAGGCACAGCACAAACACUGGGAGCUCGCUGGCACCAAACUGGGUGACAUCAUGGGAAUCCAAAAAAAAGAGGAUGGAGGAGACGGGAAAGCUGUUGGGGAAGACGGAAAAGUGGAUUACAGGGCCGAGCAGAAGUUUGCCGAUCACAUGAAGGAGAAGAGUGAAGCAAGCAGUGAGUUUGCUAAGAAGAAGACUCUGUUAGAGCAGAGACAGUAUCUGCCCAUCUUUGCUGUUCGCCAGCAGCUUCUCAACAUCAUCAGGGAUAACAAUAUUGUGAUAGUGGUGGGUGAAACAGGCAGUGGUAAGACGACGCAGCUAACGCAGUAUCUUCAUGAGGACGGUUACACCAGCUAUGGUAUGGUGGGCUGCACACAACCUCGCAGAGUGGCAGCCAUGAGUGUGGCUAAGAGAGUCAGCGAAGAGAUGAACAGUAAUCUGGGAGAGGAGGUGGGUUAUGCCAUCCGUUUUGAAGACUGUACAUCAGAGAAGACUAUGAUCAAGUACAUGACGGAUGGGAUUCUCCUCAGGGAGUCUCUGCGGGAGUCAGAUCUGGACCACUAUAGUGCAGUAAUCAUGGACGAGGCCCACGAGCGCUCCCUCAACACUGAUGUGCUCUUCGGGCUGCUCCGAGAGGUGGUGUCAAGACGCUCCGACUUGAAGCUCAUUGUCACAUCUGCCACCAUGGACUCGGACAAAUUUGCGUCAUUCUUCGGCAAUGUUCCUAUUUUCAACAUUCCUGGCAGGACGUUCCCAGUGGAUAUCUUGUUCAGCAAGACUCCUCAGGAGGACUAUGUGGAGGCGGCUGUGAAACAGGCCUUGCAGAUUCAUCUCAGCGGGAUGGUGGGUGACAUCCUCAUCUUCAUGCCUGGUCAGGAGGACAUCGAGGUGACGUCAGAUCAGAUUGUGGAGCGGUUGGCAGAUCUGGAGAACGCUCCAGCCCUGGCAGUGCUGCCCAUUUACUCCCAGCUGCCCUCGGACCUGCAGGCCAAGAUCUUCCAGAAGGCUCCUGAUGGAGUGAGGAAAUGUAUUGUUGCUACAAACAUCGCUGAGACAUCUCUGACAGUGGACGGCAUCAUGUUUGUUGUGGAUUCUGGCUAUUGUAAGCUGAAGGUGUUCAACCCUCGCAUUGGCAUGGAUGCGCUGCAGGUUUACCCCAUCAGUCAAGCUAAUGCAAACCAGCGGGCUGGUAGAGCAGGCAGAACAGGCCCAGGACAGUGUUACAGGUUAUACACUCAGAGCGCCUUCAAGAAUGAAAUGCUGACCACCACUAUCCCAGAGAUUCAGCGCACUAACCUGGCCAACGUCGUGUUGUUGCUCAAGUCACUGGGAGUUCAAGACCUCCUGCUCUUCCACUUCAUGGACCCGCCGCCUGAAGACAACAUGCUGAACUCCAUGUAUCAGCUGUGGAUCUUGGGUGCACUUGACAAUACAGGCGCUCUGACACCCACCGGGCGGCUCAUGGUGGAGUUUCCUCUGGAUCCGGCUCUGUCUAAAAUGCUGAUUGUGUCCUGUGACAUGAGCUGCAGUGCUGACAUCCUCAUCAUCGUCUCCAUGUUGUCUGUGCCGUCCAUCUUCUACAGGCCAAAGGGUCGAGAGGAGGAAAGUGACCAGGUCAGAGAGAAGUUCUCCGUGCCUGAGAGUGACCAUCUGACCUACCUCAACGUUUACCUGCAGUGGAAGAACAACAAUUAUUCCAGCAUCUGGUGUAAUGAUCACUUCAUUCACACCAAAGCCAUGCGGAAGGUACGUGAGGUGCGAGCUCAGCUCAAAGACAUCAUGGUGCAGCAGAAAAUGAAUCUGAUCUCCUGCGGCUCAGACUGGGACGUGAUCAGGAAGUGCAUCUGUGCUGCAUACUUCCACCAGGCUGCUAAAUUAAAGGGAAUUGGGGAGUAUGUGAACGUAAGAACAGGGAUGCCUUGUCAUCUGCAUCCCACAAGUGCUUUGUUCGGGAUGGGCUACACCCCUGACUACAUCAUCUACCAUGAACUGGUCAUGACCACAAAGGAGUACAUGCAGUGUGUGACUGCAGUGGAUGGCGAGUGGCUGGCUGAGCUGGGACCAAUGUUCUACAGCAUCAAACAUGCAGGGAAGAGCAGACAGGAGAACCGAAGGAGAGCCAAAGAAGAGAUCACCAACAUGGAGGAGGAGAUGUCUCUGGCACAAGAGCAGAUCCGAGCACGGAAAGAGGAGCAGGAGAGGAAGAACAAUCUGGGCAGCAUCAGGGCCGUGAAGAUCUGCACCCCAGGAAGGAAAGAGGAAAUGACGCCGAUGACGCCCAAACGAACGCCGGCCCGGUUUGGCUUAUAGUGCUCAGUUUUUACAAACGCAUAAUUGCUUGCGUCAGUGCAGUUUUUCCCCUAAUAUGUAUUCAUCACAGUGCUUUUUCCAUCUUUGGCCAGCAGUAGGAGCAAUUGUAUAAGGAGAAAAAUCUCUUCCCCCCUCUCACGGUGUUAUUUGUGGCUCUUUUUAACCAAGUCUGGACUGAAAUGGAAAAAAAAGCAACAAAAAAAAACAAAAAACAGAGUUUAAAUUGAAAAGUAAACACAUUUGUUAUGCUUCCAUUUGAUCUAAAAAGCUUAAAACAGCUUAAUUUGACAUGAAUAUGCAUAUUUAGUCCAGGGAUUUUCUUUUUCUUUUGUUUUAAUGUUUGAUGAAAAAACUGAACUGUCGCAUUUAUUCAUUUUUAUAGAUUGAAACAAAAUAAAAACCUAGAUCUUACAUUAAAUCAGUGCUUAAAUUGAGAAGUGAACAUAUUUGUUUUGCUUGCAUUAAAUCCAAAAAACCUCAAAACAGCUUAAUUUGACAUUAAUUUGCAUAUUUAGUUCAAUAAUUUUCUUUUCUUUUAACGUUUGAUGUGUUUGCAAACCAGAACGGUCACAUUUAUUCAAUUUUAUAAACUGAAACUAAAAGAAACGAGAUCUUCCAUUAAAUCAGUGCUUAAAUUGAGAAGUGAACACAUUUGUUAUGCUUUCAUUAAAUCUAAAAGCACCUCAAAACGGCUUAAUUUGACAUUAGUAUGCAUAUUUAGCCCAAUCAUUUUCUUUUGUUUUAAGGUUUGUGUUUGCAAAAAACAGAACUGUCACAUUUAUUUAUUUUUAUAGACUGAAACUAAAAGACCUAAAAAGUGAACACAUUUUUUUUUGCUUACAUUUGAUCUAAAAACAACCAAAAACAGCUCAAUUUGAUGUUAAUAUGCAUAUUUAGCCCAAUCAUUUAUUUUCUUUUAUUUUAAUGUCUGAUGUGUUUGUAAAUAACCAGAACUGUUGCAUUUAUUGAUUCUUUGAAUAAAACUAAAAGAAAAACGAGAUCUUACAUUGAAUCAGUGCUUAAAUAAAAAAGUGAACACAUUUGUUUUGCUUCCAUUUGAUCUAAAAACAACCAAAAACAGCUUAAUUUGACAUUUAUAUGCAUAUUUAGCCCAAACAUUUUCUUUUACUUUAAUGUUUGAUGUGUUUAAAAAAACCAGAACUGUCGCAUUUAUUCAAUUUUAUAGACUGAAAACAACAAGAAAACUAGAUCUUGCAUUGAAUCAGUGCUUAAAUUGAAAAGUGAACACAUUUGUUUUGCUUGCAUUUAAUCUAAAAACCUCAAAACAGCUUAAUUUGACAUUUAUAUGCAUAUUUAGCCCAAUCAUUUUCUUUUAUUUUAAUGUUUGAUGUGUUUACAAAAAACAGAACUGUCGCAUUCAUUGAAUUUUAUAGACUAAAACUAAAAUAAAAACUAGAUCUUACAUUAAAUCAGUGCUUAAAUUGAAAAGUGAACAUUUGUUGCUUGCAUUUAAUCUAAAAACCUCAAAAAACAGCUUAAUUUGACAUUAAUAUGCAUAUUUAGCCCAGUGAUUUUCUUUUUCUUUUGUUUUAAUGUUUGAUGUGUUUGCAGAAAAACUAAACUGUCGCAUUUCUUCAUUUUUAUAGAUUGAAACAAAAUAAAAACUAGAUAUUACAUAAAAUCAGUGCUUAAAUUGAGAAGUGAACAUAUUUGUUAUGCUUGCAUUAAAUCCAAAAAACCUCAAAACAGCUUAAUUUGACAUUAAUUUGCAUAUUUAGCUCAAUAAUUUUCUUUUCUUUUAAUGUUUGAUGUGUUUGCAAACCAGAACUGUCACAUUUAUUCAAUUUUAUAAACUGAAACUAAAAGAAACGAGAUCUUCAAUUAAAUCAGUGCUUAAAUUGAGAAGUGAACACAUUUGUUAUGCUUGCAUUUAAUCUAAAAACACCUCAAAACAGCUUAAUUUGACAUGAAUAUGCAUAUUUAGCCCAAUCAUUUUCUUUUGUUUUAAGGUUUGUGUUUGCAAAAAAACAGAACUGUCACAUUAAUAUAUUUUUAUAGAGUGAAACUAAAAGACCCAGAUCUUACAUUGAAUCAGUGCUUAAAUAAAAAAGUGAACACAUUUGUUAUGCUUACAUUUGAUCUAAAAACAACCAAAAACAGCUUAAUUUGAUGUUAAUAUGCAUAUUUAACCCAAUCAUUUAUUUUCUUUUAUUUGAAUGUCUGAUGUGUUUGCAAACCAGAACUGUUGCAUUUAUUCAAUUUUAUAGGCUGAAAACAACAAGAAAACUAGAUCUUACAUUGAAUCAGUUCUUAAAUUGAGAAGUAAACACAUUUGUUAUGCUUGCAUUUAAUCUAAAAAACCCCAAAACAGCUUUAAUUUGACAUUAGUAUGCAUAUUUAGCCCAAUCAUUUUCUUUUAUUUUAAAGUUUGAUGUGUUUACAAAAAAACAGAACUGUCACAUUUAUUGAAUUUUAUAGAGUGAAACUAAAAGACCUAGAUCUUACAUUGAAUCAGUGCUUAAAUAAAAAAGUGAACACAUUUGUUAUGCUUGCAUUUGAUCUAAAAACAACCAAAAACAGCUUAAUUUGACAUUAAUAUGUAUAUUUAGCCCAAACAUUUUCUUUUACUUUAAUGUUUGAUGUGUUUCAAAAAACCAGAACUGUCGCAUUUAUUCAUUUUUAUAUGCUGAAAACAAAAAGAAAACUAGAUCUUAAAUUAAACCAGUGCUUAAAUUGAAAAGUGAACACAUUUGUUUUGCUUCCAUUUAAUCUAAAAACCUUAAAACAGCUUAAUUUGACAUUUAUAUGCAUAUUUAGCCCAAUCAUUUUCUUUUAUUUUAAUGUUUGAUGUGUUUACAAAAAACCAGAACUGUCACAUUCAUUGAAUUUUAUAGACUAAAACUAAAAUAAAAACUAGAUCUUACAUUGAAUCAGUUCUUAACUUGAAAAGUGAACACAUUUGUUUUGCUUGCAUUUAAUCUAAAAACCUCCAAAAAAACAGCUUAAUUUGACAUUUAUAUGCAUAUUUAGCCCAAUCAUUUACUUUUUUUUGUUUUAAUGUCUGAUAUAUUUGCUAACAACCAGAACUGUCACAUUAAUUAAAUUUUAUAGACUGAAACUAAAAUAAACAAGAUCUUCCAUUGAAUCAGUGCUUAAAUUAAAAAGUGAACACAUUUGUUUUGCUUGCAUUUGAUCUAAAAAAAAAAAACCCAAAACAGCUUAAUUUAACAUUAAUAUGCAUAUUUAGCCCAAUCAUUUUAUUUUAUUUUAUUUUAAUGUCUGAUGUGUUUGUAAAUAACCAGAACUGUUGCAUUUAUUGAUUAUUUGAAUAAAACUAAAAGAAAAACGAGAUCUUGCAUUGAAUCAGUGCUUAAAGUGAACACAUUUGUUUUGCUUGCAUUUUAUUUAUAUAAACCAAAAAAAGCAGCUUAAUUUAACAUUCAAAUGCAUAUAUAGCCCAAUCAUUUAUUUUCUGUUAUUUUAAUGUCUGAUGUGUUCACAAAAAAAGAACUGUCGCAUUUAUUCAUUUUUAUAGACUGAAACUACGAAAACUAGAUCUUACAUUGAGUCAAUGCAAAUUGAAAAGUGAACACAUUUGUUUUGCUUGCAUUUGAUCUAAAAACAACCCCAAAACAGCUUAAUUUAACAUUAAUAUGCAUAUUUAGCCCAAUCAUUUUAUUUUAUUUUAUUUUAAUGUCUGAUGUGUUUGUAAAUAACCAGAACUGUUGCAUUUAUUCAUUCUUUAACUAAAACUAAAAGAAAAACGAGAUCUUACAUUGAAUCAGUGUUUAAAGUGAACACAUUUGUUUUGCUUGCAUUCAAUACAUAAACCCCCAAAACAGCUUAAUUUAACAUUAAAAUGCACAUAUAGCCCAAUCAUUUAUUUUCUGUUAUUUUAAUGUCUGAUGUGUUCACAAAAAAAGAACUGUCGCAUUUAUUCAUUUUUAUAGACUGAAACUACGAAAACUAGAUCUUACAUUGAGUCAAUGCAAAUUAAAUAGUGAACACAUUUGUUUUGCUUGCGUUUGAUCUUAAACAAAAAAACAAAAACAGCUUUAAUUUAACAUUAAUAUGCAUAUUUAGCCCAAUCAUUUGUUUCUUUUAUUUUAAUAUCUGAUGUGUUUCAAAAACCAGAACUGUCGCAAUUAUGCAUCCUUUUAGAGUGAAACUAAAAGAAAAACUAGAUCUUAUAUUAAAUCAAUGCUUAAAUUGAAAAGUGAACACAUUUGUUUUGCUUGCAUUAAAUCUAAAAAAAAAAAAACCCAAAACAGCUUAAUUUAACAUUAAUAUGCAUAUUUAGCCCAAUCAUUUAUUUUCUUUUAUUUUAAUGUCUGAUGUGUUUGCAAAAAACAGAACUGUCACAUUUAUUCUUUUUUUUUUGACUGAAACAAAAAAAACUCAAGAUCUUACAUUGAAUCAAUGCUUAAAUAAAGUGAAUACAUUUGUUAUGCUUCCAUUUCAUUUAUAAAACCCAAAACCAUUUAAUUUAACAUUAAUAUGCAUAUUUAGCCUAAUCAUCAUUUCUUUUCUUUAAAUGUUUGAUGUGAACUGUGCCGUUAGUUCAUUUAGCUUGUCUGAACCUAAAAAAAACUCCAGAUUCUACAUUGAAUCAGUGCUUAAAUUGAAAAGUGAACACAUUUUUUAUGCUUGCGUUUGAUCUAAAAACAACCAAAACAGCUUAAUUUGACAUUAAUAUGCUUAUUUAGCCCAAUCAGUUUCUUUUAUUUUAGUGUGUUAUGUGUUCGCAAAAAACCCAGAACUGUUGCAUUUGUUCAUUUUUCUAGACUGCAACUAAAAGCAAACCUAGAUCUUGCAUUAAAUCAAUGCUUAAAUUGAGAAGUGAACACAUUUGUUAUGCUUGCAUUUGAUCUAAAAACAACCAAAAACAGCUCAAUUUGACAUUAAUAUGCAUAUUUAGCCCAAUCAGUUUCUUUUUCUUUUGUUUUAAUGUUUGAUGUGUUUGAAAAAAAAACUGAAUUGUCACAUUUAUUAAAUUUUAUAGACUAAAACUUACAUAAAAACUAGAUCUUACAUUGAAUCAGUGCUUAAAUUAAAAAGUGAACACAUUUGUUUUGCUUCCAUUUAAUCUAAAAACCCCCAAAACAGCUCAAUUUGACAUUUAUAUGUAUAUUUAGCCCAAACAUUUUCAUUUUCUUUUGUUUUAAUGUUUGAUGUGUUUACAAAAAACCAGAACUGUCGCAUUUAUUGAAUUGUAUAGACUAAAACUUAAAUAAAAACUAGAUCUUACAUUGAAUCAGUGCUUAAAUAAAAAAGUAAACACAUUUGUUUUGCUUCCAUUUGAUCAAGACCCCAAAUCAGCUUAAUUUGACAUUUUUUUUGCAUAUUUAGCCCAAUAGUGUUUGAUGUGUUUGCAAACAACCAGAACUAUCGCAUUUAUUCAUGUCCUCCUAUACUAUUCACUUUAUCGUUGCAUCCUAAUUCGCAUUGUCUCGUAUUUCAGCUUGUGAAACGCAGCCGUUGUAUCUUUCGUUCUUCCAGAGAACACAGAGCCACCAUGAAUAUUAACUUCCUGUACUUUGAUAGGUUAAUCCCCUGUGGACGAAGCACGUCUUUGUUAUUCUGACAAAAACAUUGCUCGAAUAUUUCAUCAUUCUGCCGGAAUCAACACUGACCAGCGGCGGUCAAAUCCUGCGUCGUCUUUGAUGCAAUUGGGCUGCAAGUCGCUGAACAGAUGUACUGUGUACCGACAGAGAUGACAGGCCUCGACUGCUGUGAAUUAAACAAAACAACAACAAUCUUUCACUGAGGGUCAUUUCACCUCCUCGCUCCGCUUCUGUUGGUAUUUUUAGAAACGUACUGAUGUGUACAGUAUAUGUGUAUAUUGCAUUUGCUUUUGUCUUUACUUUAAAUCAUUUAGAAAUGUUAGAGCGUUUAGGAAAAUUACUGUAUUUUUGAAGUGUAUAAAGUUCAUUCUGUGGCUCGUGUGGAUUUCAGUUUUACGGUUUUACAUUCGAUAUUAAAGCAAUGAACGCAUCGGUGCUUUGUUGAUUUUUGUAUGGUGGUCACCGGAUCACUCAGUGUAAAUUAUACAGUUUGAUGCAUUUCCAUCAAUAGUGGCCAUUGUCAUGGGAUGUGAUUGUGUUUUUCACCUAAUGUAAAUGUAAAUAUGCAGUAAAUUGACAUUUGCGCUUGUAAAACAUGGCCACAGCCUUGGGGUUGGAUUGUUUUGUUUUGAUUUUUCCCACUACUGUUUAAGUUUGCAUUUAAAGGUAAUAAAUGCAAAACUUGUAAUGUGCAUAAAAGGUUGUGUACAUUUUGUGGUCUUUGUAGCUUUUAAUUUCCAUAGAUGUAGCUUAAAUGUGCUGUAUGUA